UUCUGAGAGGCUGGCGUUCCUGACAGCCGCGUCGGAAUGUGUGGUGACCCGGGCUUUGAGUGGACCAAGGAAUUUGCCAUGGUGACACUGGAAUUCGGAGUACCACAAUGCAGCCAGGUAGAUUUACAGACAGUGAGAGGGAGAGACAGAGAGAAACGUCUUCCAUUCACUGGUUCACUCCCUAAAUGCCUGCAAUGGCAAGAGCUGGGCUGUUAUGAAGCCAGGAGCCAGGAGCUUCUUCUGGGUCUCCCACAUGGGUGCAGGAGCCCCAGUGCUUGGGCCAUCUUCACUGCUUUCCCAGGCCACAGCCGACCUCAGAAGGUGUGUUUGUGUCCUUUUCUGCCAGUUCAUCCUCUCCAGAUCUCUACCAACUUGUACAUAAUUCAGCAUCCAGCAGAGGAAAGCAGAGUGCUGCGGACAGUUCCUCUGCUGGCGGCAUGCCUUCCCCAGGACAAGUGCACAGUGAAAAUCGGUCGUCGCUUCAGUGAGGAGAGAGAUCCUGAACUUUCAAAUAUUUGCCGGAAAUCUGGGACAUUAGUAUUAUAUCCAGGGGCUGAAGCUACUAAUUUGGAAGAAUUUAUAUUAGAGUCUCCUGUUUAUCCUUCCACAAUCAUCAUCAUCGAUGGUACAUGGAGCCAGGCUAAGGACAUUUUCUAUAAGAAUUCCUUGUUCCGACUUCCCAAACAGGUGCAGUUAAAAACCAACAUUUCUAGUCAGUAUGUAAUUCGGAUGCAACCAACCAAUAGAUGCCUUUCUACACUGGAGUGUGCAGCUGUUGCUCUUUCUAUCCUGGAGAAAAACAAUUACAUACAAGAGGCUUUGCUUCGCCCUCUUCGCGCUCUGUGCUCUUUCCAGCUUCAGCACGGGGCGCAGGUUCGCCUCAGCAAGGAGCACCUCCUGGAGCAUGGACUGUACCCCAAGCCAAUGCCCAAGAACAAACGCAAGCUCAGGAAAAUGGAACUGCUGAUGAACAGCGUCAAAAUCUAGUGCAUUCUUACGGUGCUUGUUUACUUGUUUCCACAUAACCUUACCAAGCUAAAUUUUCAUAUAGUUUAACGUUCUAGGUGUUUGACUGUCUAAAGAAGAUUCUAGGUUGCUACUGAUCCUGUCCAAAAGAAGGGACAUACACCAAAUAGCCAUCAAAGCAGCAAAACAACGUCACCGACUCAGUGGAAAGCAAGACUUCAGACUGUAUUUGUGUUUUCUAAAAAAGUGUGCCUCUAAAUACAGUAUUUCAAAUCCAGAAUUUAAAAUGUGGUUGAUUAUUGACCUGGGGUUAGACAUUCUUGUUUAUAAAAUGCCUGGUUGAAGCAGUGUUUUUCCAUCAAUGUUUAUGGGUACUUAGGUAUAGACCAAAAGCAGAGCACUCCCACAUCAAUUUGCAAUCUUGUACAUGAACUCUAUAGUUUGAAAUAAGUUACAAAGGACAGUGAUGAUGAUCAAGUGUAGAGUCAGCUUACUUAUUUCAUAAAAUAGUAUGAAGUAAGGGAACUUUAAAUAUUCUUCAGGGACGAACACAGCCAGUGUGAUUUGUGUUGCAUUAAUUGCCCUGAUUUUUAAAGAGGUGCGUAUGAUAUUGGAAUAGCAUACGUUUUCAUUGGCAUUCAGUCUGGGUGAAUUUUAUUUUUUCAGUAUUCGUCGAACAGGUUUAUUGACUAUGGUAAACUAAUUUUAUUGAAGUUGUCAUAUGUAAGUAACUGAAGUAGAAUAUAAUGCAACUGUCAUUUUGAGAAUGCAUUUCUGUAACGAGGGCUAUUUAAAUCUUUUCCAGUGAGUGAAGACUUCAAUUUGAGAGAACAGAUUCCCCCUACUCUGUUGGAAAAAUAUUUACUGAGAGUUUGUACAGAAUGGGAGACAUGUACGAAAUGUACAUUUAUGUCUAUCAUAAAUCUACUGCAGUAAUGUAUACAUUUUGUCAACAUUUAGUUUUUUGUUUGUGCCUCCUAGAAUUUCCUGUAUCCCAUGUCAAAUUGUAAGGAAUCUAGAUGUGGAAUUCUAAGGUAAGCUUGAUGAGCCUUUGUCUGUGUGUGAACACGAGCUUCCCUCAGUGGUUGCUUCUGAUAGAUUUCAUGCUCAUUUACCCAUCUGAUGUUGACCUGGAUUAGACCCUUCUUAAAAGGUGUUGGGAAGGACUCUGCAGGAAACACUGUACGAUAUUAAAAACCUUAGAUUUCUAUUUUCUAUUUUGAUUUAUUUUUUCAUUUAUAAUUGAAAGUGCCUGAUGUCAGGGUUUUUUGGGAUAAUAAAGAAAUAGUAUAUGAUGAUA